AUGAGUGCAGUGAGCUUGGUACUCCUGGUGCUUGCUCUGAGGUUUAGGGCUGCCACUGCCGAGCCAGAGGAGGGCAGCUUCUGCUCUAAGAGCCAGGUGGCCUUCAGAGAUGCUUGCUACGAAUUUGUGCCACUCGGACGCACCUUCCACGAUGCCCAGAGCUGGUGCGAGGGGCAAGGAGGCCAUUUGGUCUUCAUUCACGAUGAAGGCACCCAGCAGUUUCUGCAGAAGCACAUCUCCCAGGACAGGGAAUGGUGGAUUGGACUGACCUGGAAUUUGGCAUGGAAUGGAACCACGGAAGGGCUGAGAACCUGGCUGGAUGCCUCUAAUGUGACCUACAGCAACUGGCGCAGAGGGCAGGCCACCGCGGCCCCUGACACCUGCGGCCACAUCGGGAGAGGCCCUUCCUCUGAGUGGGUGGCCUCGGACUGCACCCAGACCUUUGCCUUCGUGUGCGAGUUCGGGGUUGGCCAGAGCCUGGCCUGCGAGGGCCUCAAUGCCACCAUGCACUGCGGUUCGGGGCAGGUCAUCCAGGUCCAGAAUGCCGUCUACGGGCGCCAGAACCCCCACUUCUGCACCCAGGAUGUCGGGCAUCCCUCAGAUCUGGGGCAGGGAUGUGGCUGGGCCAACGUCAAGGAUGAGGUGGCAGGCCAGUGCCAAGGGCUGCAGGCAUGCCAGGUGGCAGCAGAUGAGACCUACUUUGGAGACCUGUGUCCGACUCAGGGAAGCUACCUGUGGGUGCAGUACCAGUGUCGGGAAGGCCUGCAGCUGAUGGUGUCCAGUGAGAGUUUCAUCUUUGACAAUGUCACCAUCUCUCUGACAUGGCUCCUCUCGCCCUACAUAGGAAACCUGUCCUGUAUAAUUAGUACAGGAGACGGCCACACUUUUGAUCCCUACUACCCCCCCAGUGUGUCCAGCAAUGUGACUCACCAGUUCACAUCUCCUGGGGAAUUCACUGUGUUUGCCGAGUGUACAACCAGCGAGUGGCAUGUGACAGCUCAGAAGCAAGUGAUCAUGCGGGACAAGAUGGAGAGGCUCAAUGUGACUGCGUGCCCUGGCCUGUCCAAGUCAGGAGCCGGCCCCCUUUGCCAGGCUGUCUUUGGGGAUCCUCUGUGGAUUCAGGUGGAGCUUGAUGGAGGAACAGAAGUCAGUUACACUGUGCUUUCGGGUGACAUAGCCCUGACCGAGUCCACCACCCAAAGGGGCUCACUGCCAUACAAUCUGACCCUGGACAGAGAAACCCAGAAACUGAUGGGCCCUGGGAAGCACUGCCUGGAGAUCCAAGCCACCAGCAACACCACCACCUCCGCACUCUCCAGGAACGUCACAAUCUACUUGGUGGAGCUGCUUUCCGGGUUGCAGGCCUCCUGGGCUUCUGACCAUGUGGAACUUGGACAGGACCUAUUGAUCAAUGUCUCAGUGGCUCAGGGCACCCCAGAGGAGACAACAUUUGAGCUGGCAGGACUCAAUGCAACCUUCUCUCACAAGCAAGUGAGCUCUGGGGAGCCAUUUGGGAUUUACCACCUGGCUGUUCCCGUUGAAGGCACCUUUCUGGUCACCAUCCUGGUGAGGAAUGCCUUCUCCAGCCUGAGUCUGGACAUCGGGAACAUCACUAUCACAGCCCCUUCCAGUCUCCAAGAACCAUCUGGGACAAAUGCUGAAGGAAAGAAUAAAGAAGAAGGCGACAUGAAGGUGUAUAUCCAACCUGGUCUAUACGUGGAUCCUUUCACAGCAGUGACCCUGGACUGGCUGGACAAUGACAAGGAUUUACGCUUCCAAUGGUCAUGUGGGCAUUGCUGGGUUCAGUGGAGCCGCUGUGUUGAGAGGCAGCUGCUUCGCACAGACCAGAGGGAACUGGUCGUUCCAGCAUCCUGCCUGCCGCCUCCUGAUUCUGCUGUCACCCUGCACCUGGCUGUUCUGAGAGGCCAGGAGCUGGAGAACAGGGCGGAGCAGUGCCUCUACGUGUCUGCAUCCCGGGAUCUCAAGCCUUGUGUCAGCUGUGAGAGGAACUGCAGGCCAGUUAAUGCCAGUGAAGACAUUCUGCUCAGGGUCACCAUGGGAGAGGACUCCCCAGUGGCUGUGUUCAGCUGGUAUUUAGACAACACCCCAGCAGAGAAGGCUGAGACCCUCCCGGAUGCCUGCAGACUCAGAGGAUUUUGGCCAAGUUCCUUAACCCUCCUCCAGAGCAACACCUCCACACUGCGGCUGAACAGCUCCUUUCUGCAGACCCAGGGAGAGGUCAUCCGAAUCAGAGCCACAGCAUUGACCAGCCAUGCCUAUGGGGAGGACACCUAUGUGAUCAGCACUCUGCCUCCCCCCGAGGUGCCUGCCUGCACAAUUGCCCCAGAGGAGGGUACCGUUCUGACAAGCUUUGCCAUCUCCUGCAACACCUCCGCUGCCCUGGGACCCUUGGAGUUCUGCUUCUGUCUGGAAUCAGGUUCCUGCUUACAUUGUGGCCCUGAACCUGUCCUGCCAUCAGUGUAUCUGCCGCUUGGAAAGGAGAACAAUGACUCUGUGCUGACGGUAGUUAUUUCUGCCACCAAUCGUGCAGGGGACACAAAGCAGACCCAGGCCGUGGUUAAGGUGGCACUCGGAGACACAUGUGUUAAGGAUGUAGCAUUCCAGGCUGCCGUGUCAGAGAAGAUCCCCACAGCUCUGCAAGGCGAGGGUGGCCCUGAGCAGCUCCUCCAGCUGGCCAAGGCCUUGACCUCUGUGCUGAACCAAGAGCAGGAAAGCCAGGGCUCAGGACAGUCGCUGAGCACAGAUGCCAGACGGAAGGUCAGAGAGCAUGUGCUGGGGUCGCUGUCUGCAGUCACCGCCAGCCUGGAAGACUUGAGGAGGGUGCAGGAGCUGGCCAAGGUGCUGAGAGAGGUGACCCGCCGGAGCGAGGAACUCACACCCUCGGCCCAGUGGGAGGCCAGCUGGGCUCUGCAACGUGCCAGUGAGGCCCUGUUGACAGCAAGUGCCAAGGCCCGCCCUGAGGACCAUCGGCACCAGGCAGCUACCAGGGACCUGUUUCAGGCUGUGGGCAGUGUACUGGAAGCUUCCCUGACCAACAGACCAGAAGAGCCUGCAGAGGCCAGCAGCAGCCAGACUGCCACAGUGCCGCGGCUGCUUGGCGUCGUGGAGCGUGUGCAGACCUCCCUCCUGCUGGGAAAACUGCCGGGGGGCCUUCCAGCCGUGCUGGCCACCCCCUCCAUCUCUGUAUACACAAAUAGAAUACAACCCUGGAGUUGGCACGGCUUCUCCCUGCACACUGCUGCCGCAGACUCUGCAACCUUCACUCUUCCUGCUGCCUCCCUGCUCGGCUCUCUGGAGGACCGCCAGGAACCUGUGGACAUAAAGAUGAUGAGCUUCCCAAAGAGCCCCUUCCCAGCCCAAAGCCACUUUGAUGUCAGCGGGACUGUUGGUGGCCUCCGUGUGACCAGCCCUAGUGGACAGCUCAUACCUGUGAAGAAUCUGUCAGAGAAUAUCGAGAUCCUGCUGCCCCAGCAUCCACAAGGACACAGUAAGCCGACAGUGUUGAGCCUGACCAGUCCUGAAGCACUGCGGGUGAAUGUGACUUCAGAGGAGGCAGCCUUGGGGAUCCAGCUGCACUGGAGACCAGACAUUACACUCACGCUCAGCCUGGGCUAUGGCUACCACCCCAACAAGAGCAGCUACGAUGCCCAAACUUACCUCAUACCGACAGGGGCUCCAGAUGAGCUGCCCACAUGGAUCCUGAACCCACAGGACCUGCAUUUCGGAGAAGGUGUCUACUAUUUGACUGUGUUCCCAGAGUCUGACCUGGAGACAGCCACCAGCAGGAACCUUACCAUUGGCAUCACCACCUUCCUAUCUCACUGUGUGUUCUGGGAUGAGGUCCAGGAGACUUGGGACAACUCAGGGUGCCAUGUGGGGCCUCGGACCAGCCCUUACCAGACACACUGCCUCUGCAACCACCUCACCUUCUUCGGAAGCACAUUCCUCGUGACGCCCAAUGCCAUCGACAUCCACCAGACUGCUGAGCUCUUUGCCACCUUCGAGGACAACCCUGUGGUCGUGACCACCGUGGGCUGCCUGUGUGUGGUCUACGUGCUGGUGGUAAUCUGGGCAAGGAGGAAGGAUGCUCAGGAUCAGGCCAAGGUGAAGGUCACAGUGCUGGAAGACAAUGAUCCCCUUGCCCAGUACCACUACCUGGUGACAGUCUACACGGGACACCGGCGAGGGGCAGCCACAUCCUCAAAGGUGACUAUCACCCUGUAUGGCCUGGAUGGAGACAGUGAGCCCCACCACCUGUCUGACCCCGACACUUCGGUUUUUGAGCGAGGAGCAGUGGAUGCCUUCCUCCUCUCCACCCUGUUCCCCUUGGGGGAACUGCAGAGCCUCCGGCUAUGGCAUGACAACUCAGGGGACCGGCCAUCCUGGUAUGUGAGCCGGGUGCUGGUCUAUGACCUGGCGACGGACCGGAAGUGGUAUUUUCUCUGCAACUCCUGGCUGUCCAUCAAUGUUGGAGAUUGUGUCCUUGAUAAGGUAUUUCCUGUGGCCACGGAGCAGGACAGAAAACAAUUCAGCCACCUGUUUUUCAUGAAGACGUCUGCAGGCUUCCAGGAUGGACACAUCUGGUAUUCCAUCUUCAGCCGCUGCACUCGGAGCAGCUUCACCCGUGUCCAGAGGGUGUCCUGCUGCUUCUCCCUGCUACUGUGCACCAUGCUGACCAGCAUCAUGUUCUGGGGGGUCCCCAAGGACCCAGCUGAGCAAAAGAUGGACUUGGGUAAGAUUGAAUUCACUUGGCAGGAGGUGAUGAUUGGCCUGGAGAGCUCUAUCCUCAUGUUCCCCAUCAACCUCCUGAUCGUUCAGAUCUUUCAGAACACCCAUCCCCGGGUUGCUAAGGAGCACAGCACUGAGAAACGGGACCGGGGGUCCCCCAGCCUGACUCCCUCACCACAGCGCAUGGAGGACUGCCUUCUGACACCUGAGGCAGUGACCAAGGACGUGUCAAGGAUUGUCAGCUCCCUCUUCAAAGCCCUCAAGGUGCCAUCCGCCGCCUCGGGCUGGGACUCAGUGAACUCGAGGGACAUCAACAGUCUCCUGGCCUUGGUGGAAGAAGUCAUUUGUCCACAGAACACAUCAGGGCAGGUGUUCUGGGAGGAAGCCCAAAAGAGAGAGGACCUCGUAACACUCACUUUGGGGUCAUCACAAAUGAAAGAGAGCAUGCAGUGCCCCAAGCCCAAGGUGGCUCUGAGUGGCCCCUGGAAAGACAGUGCCUACAGGCAGUGCCUGUACCUUCAGCUGGAACACGUGGAGCAAGAGCUGCGGAUGAUGGGGCCCCGAGGCUUCCCCCAGCACCACAGCCAUGCCCUGGCUGUCAGGCAGUUGCAGACCCUGAAGGGUUGCCUGGGCGUACAGCCGGGCACCUGGGCCCCUGCACAUGCCAGAGAUGCCAGGCUCCAGACCAUUAAAUAUUCAUUCAGUCACCCCUUUGGCAAGUCCUCAGGGAGCCCCGGCUGCAGGCCAGGACUGACUGCAACCUCCACCUCCUGGAUUCAAGCGAUUCUCCUGUCUCGGCCUCCCGAGUAGCUCGGAUUACAGGCACAUACCACCAUGCCUGGCUAAUUUUUAGGAGAGAUGGUGUUUCACAGUGUUGGCCAGGAUGGCUGCCCUGUUGUCCUUCCCUCCGCAGACCCUUAUGCCUUGUUCAGAGCACGAAGAAAUAGCAGCAGGGAUGUCUACCAGCCACCUCUCACCACUGCCAUUGAGAAGAUGAAAACUACUCACCUCAAGGAACAGAAAGCAUUUGCCCUCAUCAGGGAGAUCCUGGCAUACCUGGGCUUCCUGUGGAUGCUGCUGCUCGUGGCCUACGGGCACAGGGACCCCAGCGCCUACCACCUCAACAGACACCUCGAGCACAGCUUCACCAGGGGCUUCUCAGGUGUGCUGGGCUUCCGAGAGUUCUUUGAGUGGGCCAACACCACGCUCCUGAGCAACCUGUACGGUCACCCCCCAGGCUUUAUCACUGAUGGGAACUCCAAGCUGGUUGGCAGUGCCCAGAUUCGCCAAGUGAGGGUCCGGGAAAGCUCUUGCCCGCUUGCCCAGCAAUUUCAGGCAUCUCUCAACGGAUGCCAUGCCCCAUAUUCCCUGGAUGCUGAAGACCUGGCUGACUACGGGGAAGGCUGGAAUGCCUCCACGCUCAGUAACGGCAGUAGCUAUCCCCAGGCUUGGCAGUACCAGAGCCAGAGCCAACGUCGAGGGUAUCCUAUCUGGGGCAAACUUACUGUGUACCGGGGAGGAGGCUACGUGGUCCCUUUUGGGGCUGAUCACCAAAGCACAUCAAGAAUUCUCCGCUAUCUCUUUGACAACACCUGGCUGGAUGCCCUGACCAGAGCUGUGUUUGUGGAGUUCACUGUCUACAACGCCAAUGUCAACCUGUUCUGCAUUGUCACGCUGACGCUAGAGACCAGCGCCCUGGGCACGUUCUUUGCACACGCGGCCUUCCAGAGCCUCCGCCUGUACCCCUUCACUGACGGCUGGCACCCCUUCGUGGUGGCGGCAGAGCUCAUCUACUUCCUCUUCCUCCUCUACUACAUGGUGGUGCAGGGCAAGCGCAUGAGGAAGCAGACGUGGGCCUAUUUCCGCAGCAAGUGGAACCUUUUGGAGCUAGCCAUCAUCUUGGCUAGCUGGAGUGCCCUGGCGGUGUUUGUGAAGAGGGCUGUCCUGGCUGAAAGGGACCUCCAGCGCUGCCGGAACCGUAAGGAGGAAGGCAUCAGCUUCAGUGAGACAGCAGCAGCUGACGCUGCCCUCGGCUACAUCAUUGCCUUCCUGGUACUCCUGUCCACGGUGAAGCUUUGGCAUCUGCUCAGGUUGAAUCCCAAAAUGAACAUGAUCACAGCAGCCCUACGCCGUGCCUGGGGUGACAUUUCGGGCUUUAUUAUUGUCAUCCUUACCAUGCUUCUGGCUUACUCCAUCGCGUCGAACUUAAUAUUUGGUUGGAAACUCCGUUCCUACAAAACCCUCUUUGAUGCGGCAGAGACGAUGAUCAGCCUUCAACUGGGAAUCUUCAACUACGAGGAGGUCCUGGACUAUAGCCCAGUGCUUGGCUCCUUCCUCAUUGGGUCCUGCAUCGUUUUUAUGACGUUUGUGGUGCUGAACCUGUUUAUCUCUGUCAUCCUGGUGGCCUUCAGUGAGGAGCAAAAAUGCUAUCAGCUGUCGGAGGAAGGAGAGAUUGUAGAUUUGCUGCUCAUGAAAAUACUGAGUUUCCUGGGCAUUAAAUGUAAGACAGAGGAGCCUGGAAGCAGCAGAGAGCAGCCAGGAUCACUGCCCCAGGCUUGCAGCUCUCAGCCAGCACAAGCUUUGCCCAAGGCCUAAGCUGUUCAUCUACACACCAUCGUCUUCAAGUGGGGACGCCCAGGGCUUUGGGCCUGUGCUUACCAGCAACUUUAUAGUCUCUCUAGGUCAUAGCUUCUGUGUCCAUUGAAGAGUUACCAAGCCCAGAAAGUAAAAAUAUUAGAAUAACAGAGACGUAUGUAAAACUGCCAGUGCUAUGAGAGCUUCUUUGUUCAAAUGUAUUUCCUCUUAAUAGAAAUAAAACAAAUGCUACA